AUGUGUAUAAUUCAGUGUUUACCGCGUGCGAAGCCUAAACGUGCUGUUUAUUGUGAUAUGUUCCGAAGUAUCAAUGUUAUAAUUGGUUCCGGAGAGGAAGCCGAGAGAAGCUCCUGGAGCAGGCUGGUCCGUUUUAUGGGGGGACAUGUGAGGAAGGAGCCGGAUGCAGACUCUACUUUCCUCGUUACAAAGGAAGCAAGAGGAAGAACAUUUAGGGUUAGUCGAUUUCGAAGUUGAUA